AUGGGCCCACAAGGCCUCUGCUGGUACCAAGGCUCAGAUCCUCAGAGCUCAGGCGAAGGAGAGACGUCUGCUCUGGUUUCCUUCCUGGUUGCCAAAACUGUCGACUGGAGGAAAAACACACAACGUCAGAGCUUUUUUUUGCAGAGCACAGAGUGCCUCAUUCCUGAUCACCACCCUGAACUCCUUCCAGGGUGUGUUAAAGGAAAAAUUAUGACCUCAGCAUCCAAAGGAAUUCUCCGCCCAUUUUUAAUCGUCUGCAUUAUCCUGGGCUGCUUCAUGGCAUGUCUGCUCAUUUACAUCAAGCCCACCAACAGCUGGGUCUUCAGUCCCAUGGAGUCAGCCAGCUCAGUGCUGAAAAUGAAAAACUUCUUCUCCACCAAAACCAAUUAUUUCAAUAAAACGACUAUUCUGAUUUGGGUGUGGCCAUUCGGGCAGACCUUUGACCUGACAUCUUGCCAAGCAAUGUUCAACAUCCAAGGAUGCCAUCUCACCACGGACCGUUCUCUGUACAACAAAUCUCACGCAGUUCUGAUCCACCACCGAGACAUCAGUUGGGAUCUGACUAAUUUACCUCAGCAGGCGAGGCCACCCUUCCAGAAAUGGAUUUGGAUGAAUUUGGAAUCACCAACUCACACUCCCCAAAAGAGUGGAAUUGAGCACCUGUUCAAUCUGACUCUGACUUAUCGCCGUGACUCAGAUAUCCAAGUGCCUUAUGGCUUCUUGACCGUGAGCACAAACCCCUUCGUGUUUGAAGUGCCAAGCAAAGAGAAGUUAGUGUGCUGGGUUGUAAGUAACUGGAACCCUGAGCAUGCCAGGGUCAAGUAUUACAAUGAGCUAAGCAAAAGCAUUGAAAUCCAUACCUAUGGGCAAGCAUUUGGAGAGUAUGUGAAUGAUAAAAAUUUGAUUCCUACAAUAUCUACUUGCAAAUUUUAUCUUUCCUUUGAAAACUCAAUCCACAAAGAUUACAUCACAGAAAAGCUCUACAACGCUUUUCUGGCUGGCUCUGUGCCUGUUGUUUUGGGGCCAUCUAGGGAAAACUAUGAGAAUUAUAUUCCAGCAGAUUCAUUCAUUCAUGUGGAAGAUUAUAACUCUCCCAGUGAGCUAGCAAAGUAUCUGAAGGAAGUAGACAAAAACAAUAAAUUAUACCUUAGUUACUUUAACUGGAGGAAAGAUUUCACAGUAAAUCUUCCACGAUUUUGGGAAUCACAUGCAUGCUUGGCCUGUGAUCACGUGAAAAGGCAUCAAGAAUAUAAGUCUGUUGGUAAUUUAGAGAAAUGGUUUUGGAAUUAGUCUUCCAUCAU